GCCUAUCUCUAAUCUCGAAUAAGGAGGGAGGAAGAGAGGAGGAACAUUUUAGAAGGGGGGAGGUAUAAAAGGAGGAAAGCAGAAGUAAGAAGACAAGGGUCAAAGAUAGGAGGAGAGGAGGAGAGGAGGAGAAAGGAGGAGGAGGAGGAGGUGUAGCGUGGACGCGCACUGCGGCGACGAGGACGAACGAAGAGUAGUAUGAUGAUGAGAUAGCCGACUGUGCGCAGACACGGUGAGGAGAAAGGAGAAGGUAGGGUUGGAAGGAGGAGAGACAAGAAGAAGAAGAAGAAGAAGAAGAAGAAGAAGAAGAAGAGGAAGAAGAAGAAGAAGAAGAAGAGUGACAACAGCGGCCAACACUGUUUUCCGCACAUGCUUGACAAACGUAUUUAAAAAAAAACCGCGUGCACAAGUCUCAGUUACCCCCGUCUGUAAUUGGCGAUCUGUAAUUGGAGAGGAGAAGAAAGGAGGAACGCAAGAAGAAGAAGAAGAAGAAGAAGAAGAAGAAGAAGAAGAAGGACAAGAAGAAUAGUGAGCAGUGACAGGAGGGAGGGAGGGGAAAGAAGACCAGUGAGGAAGCAGGGACACGAUCCCACAGUUGUGUUUCGGACCUGCGGACCCGCGAUUCACAAGGAGAAGGAGAUGAGCAAGCAGCUUUGAAAUCGAACACCCCCCGUCUGUAAUUGGCGAAAGGCUGUGGUUGGUUGCUGUCGGUUUUUUUUUUAUUCCCGUCGGAACGGGAAUAAAAACAUGGUCUCUCCUCAAGGAAAUGCCACGUUGUCUCUGGCCAUAGCUAUCGCGAUUCUUGCUGGAUGUCUCGUCUUGUCUGAGGCACAGGGAGCCCCACCCGACCCGGCUCCGGCACGCAGCCUUUAUAUUGACUGUGGAAGCAGUAUGCCUUUUAAUGAUUCCAAGGGACGGCUUUGGACAAAAGAUGACUAUUUCAAGGGGGGUGGCCCAUCAAGUCUCCCUCCAGACAUUGUCCAGCCGAGACCAAAUAUGCUAGAUAGACUGGAUAAUGUCAUGAAGACCUUCCGUACAUUCAGUCCCAAUGACGAUCCCCCACACUACUCAAUCCCGGCGAAACAAGAUGCACCUUAUCUCCUCCGCCUCAGGUUUCCAUUCUACAACUCAGCUGCGCAUGGGGAUAACCUAGAUUCGGUCUUUCAUGUGAUUGUUAGUGGUUGGCUGGGCCCGGUGAACGUGAGCACAGUGCGGUACAAUGAGAGCGAGCGUGGAGGGCCUCUUCUAGCUGGUUCUUGGGAUGUCAUCAUCCUUGAGACGAUCCUUCAAGCUUUCGACCAAUUCAUCAAUAUUACCUUCGAGGGGCCUGCGAACAUAAGCGCCAUUGAGCUGAUUGGGUUGGGUUACACCGCGCCUGCUGGAGUGAAUGCCAUUGUCAAACCUGCAAACCCACCUGUGAACACAAAUGCUUUACCGGAGCCCGGUUUCAACGCGAUAUUGAGGCUUGAGCAUCGUAUCAACUGCGGUGGCCCGCCUGUGGAUAACAGCCUUACGGAGCCUUUCAUCUGGGAAGGCGAUUCAUAUUUUGAUCCGGCUAACACAACAAACAUCUCCUCCACAGCUGCUGUUGCACUAGGCUCAAAGGCCCGUCGACCACCAUCUGCUGUUCUGCAGAGUCUUCGAACAAGCACAGGCAAUCUAACUUACGAGGUGCCUGUUGCUCCUGCUCCUAAGUACUACAUUACAGUUUGGUGGAACGAGCUAGAGGCACCGUUCAAUAAGACGGGGCGUCUGCUGGACAUUCUCGUUAACAACCUUUCGACCACUUCUGAGGCGUCUGCGGAUGGCAAAAUUGGCUCGUGGGACACCAAGUGGAUAGGAACAUUCCUCAUAGCAGGUGCUCGAAAAACUCCAGGGACCAUUCAGAUCAAAUCGGUGCCACUUCCGUCAAUGGGAGAUUCGCCACCCAUUCUUUCCGCGCUGGAGGUGUAUGGACUUAUCCCUUGGUCCAGAGAAACUAAUCCUGUCGAUGGUAAUCUUGCUUUUGACCUUGUCUGCAUCCUCUUUUUCAUUCUCAUCCUCUUCAUUGUCCUCAUCCGCGUCCUCUUCACCAUUCUCAUCCUCAUGCUUGUGCUCUCUGUGAUCGUAGACAUGGUUCUGGUCCCUCCCUGUGUCACUGCUGCACCUUAUCUUCCUCACAUGCUUAAUACAGGUGCCAAGUACAGCAAUGUUACAGCAGUGCCUGGAGCUGUUUCCACUCUACCCCCUGAGAUUGCCAAUUUCACAAACCUGGAGGCCCUGAUUCUCGCUCAACUCGGUUUAGUAGGUGAGAUCCCUGACGACUGGCGGCGAAUGAGAAAUCUGCAAUGUCUCGAUCUUAGGAAUAACCAGCUGGAGGGACUCAUUCCUGACUGGCUUGCAGACCUACCACGUUUGGAAGAAGUGCACCUAGAUAACAACAAGUUCUCGGGACCACUACCUCUUCGUUUGGCGGAACGGCUGAAGAGCAACUUCACGUUUAGUUACAAUUAUGGUAUCUGCAACAUCCCAGGGCAAGAUGUCCCAUGUCCCGAAGCAGAGCCGUCACUGAGUUCAUCGGGACCACCUACGAACGUGAUUCAGCCAUUGAUUGCCAAUGACCGACGGCAAACAUCGGCAAAAUCAACGGAAUCGACAUCUCCAAUAAGUGGAAGCCGUCAUGCGGAGCCGGCAGCCGUGGCAUCUAUGGUUCUGACAGCGGUCGUGACUCUUUGCGCCAUACAUGCAUUCACCCGGGAAAUUUAUCAGCUUCAUUGAAAGUCCCCUGGUCCACAAAUGGAACCAGGUGCAACAAUGCAGUCCCUGUGAAUAAACCAGGAGCCUGCAGGGCCACGAAUGGAGCAAGGCAAGGAGGAAAGUUGGGGAUGCUGAACGUGAUGUCAAGCCGAUGCGCCAAAAAUG